CCAGGAAUCGCGGGUGCAGCGUGUCAAAACUGCGACCCACCACACCGAUCAAUUACUCGGCGCAGUCCUCAAGAACCCAAGUUAGUUUUGCCCAUUCUCCUCAAACCCCAAACCUCGCCUCUCUGCCUACAUUGGGUUCGGGAGGUAAAAUCACAGCCAUUUCAGAGAGAUUUUUCGACGGGAAAAAGGGUCUUGAUAGUUAUACCAAGAUACUUAGAUAUUGAUCGAUAUACGUAUAGAGAGAGAAAGUAAAAGGGAUGUCUCUAACGAGUGUGAAGAUGUCAGAGGAAGUGUGGUUGACGUGUCUGACCCAUGCAUUGUCCACUGAGACGGAGGAGAUCAUGGGCCUUCUUCUUGGUGAUAUUCAGCAUUCAAAGAAUGGUACUGUAACUGCAUUGAUUUGGGGAGCACUUCCACAGCCACGUUCAGAUCGACAGAAGGAUAGGGUAGAGACAAACCCGGAGCAGCUGACUGCUGCAUCAGUUCAUGCUGAGAGAAUGACAAUGGCAACAGGAACCACAACUAGAGUGAUUGGCUGGUAUCACUCACAUCCUCAUAUUACGGUCCUCCCUUCUCAUGUUGAUGUGCGGACUCAGGCAAUGUACCAGCUAUUGGAUUCUGGAUUCAUUGGGUUGAUAUUUUCCUGUUUCAGCGAAGAUGCUCAAAAGGUUGGAAGGAUUCAAGUUAUUGCCUUUCAAUCUUUGGAUGGCAAGCAUAAUCACACAAUGAAACCUGUUUCUCUUGUCCCUGUACAAAAAAGUUCUGUUAUAGACAUAGAAUCAUCUAUAAGUUCCUCAGACAAUACUAUGCCCGUGUUUGGUUCUUCCAGAGGAGAAAGUAUGGAACAAGACACUGGAGAUUCAGCGGCAACUUCUAUAGCUUCCAAGGGCGCGGGCAAAUCGCCACGAUUGGGAGGUUUUUUUGCUAAUGCUGAUGCCAAAACAGGAAAUAAUUACAAUGCCAACAGUUUGAACAAUGUAAUUCAUGAUUUGGAUCCCAUGGAUAUGUCAGAAGGUAUGCAAGAAGCGAUGCAUCUGUCAAAUUUGGAGAUGAGUGGGGCAGAAUUUGUUAGAAAGGAAAUUCCGCUGCAUGUUCUGCCUACGUCGUCCCUUCUUAAUCUUGAUUCUCCUUUGUCAUCCUUUACAAAUCUUCAACGCGUACUGUAUGAAGAGGAGAGGACUGCGUAUAACCAAGCAAUGGCUCAAAAUACCAGCAAUGGCAAAGUUCACCCUCUUUCUUUCAUUCAUCACACAUCGACGUACAAGGCUUCCAUGUGCAAAAUGAUUGAAUAUUGCUUGAGCCCUGCUAUGAACGCUCUUCAAGAUCGCUUGAGAGAAAAUGAAAUUCAGCUAAAAUUGCUUGCGGAAGAAGCCAACCUUCUGGAGUCGGAGCUUUUAAGAGGAAGCCCUUCAAACUCCUCUCCACAGUCUCCAUCUCAAUCGCUCCGAAGCGGUGGCCACCGAGACUUGUACCCUACCGACUUCAGCCAUCUGAAAAACGCCAGCGGUAGCCGAAUCAGAAGAGGAGCAUAGUCUUGCACUCAAUAAGAUCAAAUGGAAGCUUAGUCUAUGUAUCAGCUCGACUCUCUGUUCUGUUGUUCCCUCAGCUGUUGAAUCUUGCUGAUGUUCAUGAUGCCCCGUCUGUUUCGAUCUUGGUCUGUAUGCUCGACGAAUCCUUUUGUCUUCCCCCUGAGAGAAGUUGUAUAUGGUGAUCAAGAUUUAUACUUGCAUUCCUGAUCAGGUUUGGGUAUAUAAAGAGUGGUGUCUGAAUAGAGACAUACUGGUGGAUCAUGGGAUAUGCACUGUUCAUUGUUCCCAAAUCCUAUAUUCAAAUCAGAUUUUUUCUUUCUUA